AUGGAUUAUCUAAAUGAGCACUGUCCUAGAUUUGGAAUUACUGACGAACACAUUAGCAUGUAUUCAGAUAUUGCAGAGAGAUACAUUUCCUUUGAUAAGUAUAGUACAUGCCCAAUUGUUUCUGUAUUGCAAAAAGAACUUCCUUUCGUUCAUAGUGUUUCAGCAAGUCCAAAUCAAUUUUCACAUGGAAAGACAGAUUUGGUUAUUAAGAAAUAUUCCUUUGAGAAAAGUUAUGAUUUAAAAAAGGAUGAAAUUACUCUGGUCAUGGAAUACAAGAAUGGAACUGGUUAUACACCAAAGAAUUUUAAAGAUAUUCAAAGUUACAUGAGUCAAUUAUUGAAUGCAUGUGCCUACAUGAGACAUAAUUUUGUAACUCAUCACAAUUUGAAACCUGAUAAUAUCGUUUAUGAUAGAAAUGAUUCAGUGCUGAAAAUAAUUGAUGUUGAAUAUUGUAGACAUGUUGCUGGACGAUUUAAUAUUGGAAAUCCAUUUUACAAAGCUCCUGAAAAAGAGAAUUACGGCACUGUAGGACCAUCCUCUGAUAUGUACAGUGUUGGAAUUAUUUUUCGAAAUAUUGUUAAAUCUAAUUAUUAUGAAAAGACAAGAGAAUCAGGUCAAUUAGCAGAUGCUUUGAUUUUGAAAAUGCUUUCGAAAUAUAAGGAGGUCAGAAUUGAUCCAUUAAGAGCACUUGAACAUGAAUUUUUUACAAUAAAUUAA